AUGAUUUAAAUUGAAUAACAAGAAAAUAUUGGAUAAAAAAGAAAAGUUCGUGACAUAAUUGAAAAAUUGGAGAAUCAUUUGAGAUUAGAUGAAAAGAUUUCAAAUUUACAAAUAUAAUUAAAGAAGAUGAGAUUGCAAAUUACAACUUCGAUUGAUAAGAAUAGCAUUAAAGAAAAGAUAUCUCAAUUAGAAGCAGCAAUAUUUAAUUACGAAGAAGAAAAGAAAAUUUCAAACUAUACAGAUUAAGAAAAAAACAAAUUAUUAGAUAGCAUUAGAAAUAUAAUUCAAUAAAUAAGAGUAUCAAUUUGUAUUGAUUUUAGCCAUUACCAUAUUCUUGUGAAAAUAAAAGGUAAAUACAUAAAAACUUAAAAAACUUGAAUAGAUUUGAAGAACAUUUUCUAAUUUUAAGGGUUAAAUCAAGCAAUGAAGAAUUUGUAAUUGAGGCUUCUAAAAUCCUAAGUUUAGUAUGUGAUAAAAAAAGCGAAAUAAAAAGAGUAAUUAAUUAAACAAAAGAGGAUACUAAUGAUGAUUAAUAACAAAAAAUAAAUCUGUAGAUUAAAUAUACUGAUAUCGAAAGAGUAGAAGAUUAUAAUAAUUAGAAUUAAUUUUAAGAAACUCCAACUUUAUAAGGAAAUAUAUUAGAACAAAUAAAUUUGGAUAAAUAAAAUAAAAUAUCAAAUGAGAUUUAGAUUAAGUAAGAUGAAAAGGUUUAAGAAAAUGAGUAAAUUUGUGAAUAAGAGAAAUGUUAAAUAUGUUUUGCAUAAAAAAGAAAAUUUGUUGCGAUUCCUUGUGGACAUUUUAUUUAUUGUUAAAAUUGUAAAGAAUUGGUUCUUUAAAGACUAAAAUGUUUAUUAUGCAGAUAAAAUGUAAUUUAAAUGUUCGAAAUAUUUGCAUGA